AUGCACAACACUUCUCUGAUUCGCAACUCAUUAGUUGCUCUUUUAUUAGUAUACAUAUCAUUAGCUGCUAUUGUUUUCUCAAAUCCAGUUCCAUUUAAGAAAGAAAAAGAAGCUGCUGCGGCACCUUCAGGUCCGUUAAAGGAUGUCGAUUUAUCGCCUUAUAAUGUUGAUGCAAACACACUAAAUGGAAUUGUUACCGAAUAUUCGAAACCACCCACUCCAGGUGAAGAUACAGACGAUAGUCAGCUGGUUGGAAAUUUAUUGAAUAAUUUCAUGAACCCGAAUCAGAAGCAGCAGACUAAACCACAAUCCCAGCCACAAUCUCAACCUCAAUCACAGCCACAGCCACAAUCACAGCCAAAAUCUCAACCUAAAUCACAGUCACAGCCCCAGCCACAAUCUCAACAUCAGUCGCAACCUCAGUCUCAGCCACAAUCUCAACCUCAGUAUCAACCUCAGUCUCAGCCACAAUCUCAACCUCAGUAUCAACCUCAGUCUCAGCCACAAAAACAGGAACAACCAGAUCCAUCAAGUGUCAUUCCAAUUGCUCCUGCUGAUAGUGGAACUCCUGUGGCUCCGGUAGUGAAUGGUAAUAUUGAUAACAACCUAACGCCUCCCACUGAUGCCAUCGUUACUGAGACCCCAAUAGUAGCUCCUAAUGCUGCCUUAGCUGAUGGUGUACCUCCUUUAAUUGCAUCUGCUCCAAGUUCUUAA